UUCGGGUCUGCUAUAGUCAGUGGAAAUGAGCGGAGAAUGUCCUGCGUAAUCCGAAGUGUGGAAGGAGCGGCAGCUUUGGUGUUCGAGAAGGGCAAUCACAAAAAAGACUGUCCCUAUAAGGAGGAAAAGAAUGGCGAGGUGAAGCGAGAGAGAGCUGAUCGUGACGAAGUCCAUGAAGCUGCCGAUGAUGUCCAUGAUGAGAAGUCCGGAAUGCCGUCGAGGAAGAGCCGCAACGUCGACGAGCUAAAGUGGCAAAACUUGAGUGGAUGGAGUACUGAGAAGUCAAGGACGUGGGAAGAUAAGUCAGUGUCAAUCGUCGUAUCGAGCAGGACGGCGACGAGUGCGUUGUGGAUGCUCAGAAGCAUCCGGCUGCUGCUGAAGGUAGUCGGGCAGCUUGACACGGAAGCUGACCGGGCUAGAAGCUGUACCAGAACCGACGGCCUGGAGAAUGCGGCAUGGGCCAAAGAAGCGACGCCGAAACUUGCGAAGCGUGUCCGCUUCGAGCUGUUUGUACUAGUCUAUUUAGAUGACAUUCUAGUGUUCAGUAGGACCCUCCAGGAGCAUGAGGGUCAUCUGAGGCAAGUCUUAGAGAAGCUGAGAGAGGCCAACUUCAAGAUCAAUGCAAAGAAGUGCGAAUGGGCAAAGACCCAAGUUAUGUAUUUAGGCCACGUCUUAGACGGAGACAACAUCAAAACAGGAGAUAGUAAGAUUGCAGUGAUUAGAGAUUGGCCUACACCCCGCACGUUGACAGAGUUGCGGUCGUUCUUAGGCCUAACUAACUACUACAGGAAGUUUGUCAGAAACUUCUCCACCAUCGCUGCUCCCCUUCGCAGGUUGCUGAAGAAAGAAACAAUCUGGAAGUGGGACAAGGACUGCACAUCUGCCAUGAAGGAGUUGAAGCAGGCGUUAAUAGAGUACCCAGUCCUUAAAGUAGCCGAUCCGUCCUUACCUUUUGUCGUUACCACUGACGCGAGCGAGUAUGGCAUAGGUGUUGUAUUACAUCAUGACGAUGGCAAAGGAUAUAGACCCGUAGAGUUCAUGUCUGCUAGGAUGCCUUCAGAGAAGGUAGCGACAUCUACCUACGAGAGGGAACGCUACGCUCUCAAGCAAGCAUUAGAACACUGGAAGCACUACUUGCUUGGGAGGCACUUCAAAGUCUACUCAGACCACGAGACAUUAAGGUGGCUGAAGACGCAGGCCAAGAUGACACCUAAGCUUACUAGGUGGGCCGCAGAAUUAGACCAAUAUGACUUUGAGCUUAAGCCAGUCAAAGGGAAGUAUUAUGUAGUUGUAGAUGCUCUGAGUAGGAGAGCUGACUACUUUGGAGCAAUAGUUCAUUAUCUGGAUAUAGGGAGAGACCUGCAGCAAAAAGUUAGAGAGGCAUAUGCGCAGGACCCUAUCUAUGGUGACCUCCUCAAGAGAGUGAAGGAGGCCCCAAAGUCCGAACCAUACUACCACACUACUGAUGAGCCGCUAUUCGAGAAGACUAAUGUAGUUGACCGAUUGUGUGUUCCUAACAUUGAGGAGAUCCAUACUUUGAUCCUAGGGGAAUGCCACAAUACCGAGGGACAUUUUGGUUGGCAAAAGACUCUAGCUAACCUCAUGCGCUCGUACAUAUGGCCUGGGAUGAAGGCCGACUGCAUAGAGUAUGUUCGCAGUUGCAAGGGUGUUGCGUGUGGGAUAUCCAGGGUGAUCCUGUGUGCGAACAGCAGUGUUGCGUUCACAAGAGUGCUGAAUGAAGAUCUUCCUUGGACAACUGGGCCUGUGUUUACACUUUAUGCAAGCAAGUCAGUGGAUGAAUCUGUUGUCAGUGACACCGCGGAGGUUUUCAGUCACCAUGGAAUUGCAGAUUCAGAUAGGAUGACGAAGAGCAGUAGUGAGGCCGUGAAGAAGCACUUCACAGAAGUGGGUGACAGCGGCAGAGCCGACAAGGGUAACAAACAGCGGAUCUGCAAUUAUUGUGACAAGCCUGUGGCCGGGACAGCGAGCAGGGCAAGGGACCAUUUCUUGAAGGGUUCGCGAUGCGAUGUCGAGCGCCUGCGAGGUGUUGUGCCGAGAGAAGAGUACUCGAGGAGGGUGAAGGGGAGAUUGGCUGCGAGGUCGGAGUUGGGAGCCGUUACGGGAGAGACUGCCCAGGGGGGGUCAUCGGAGGACGACAACGAGCAGCGGACUGUUGAAGGCGGAGUGGUCGAUCGAUCAGAGUCUGCGGCGGGGCUCCGUCAUGCGACUCCCCAGUCGUCCACAGGAUUCCGGUACGCGAAAUUCGAGAGUGCAAGGACAAAGAGGGUUAAAGUGACGAGGGGGAGGGUCGCUAUGAGGGUGGAGGAGCUGCGGCAGGAGUGGCCAACCACUGGCUGCAUGUUGCAGCUUGAUGGUUGGACAGAUCGCCGACAAAGACCACACAUCAAUGUGAUGGUCUCCUUCCCGAAGGGCUCUAUCUUCUGGCGAAGUGUGUGCAUGUCAGGGCACAACAAAGGCGCCUCGGCAUACUAUGGCAUUUUGAAGAGGGCAAUAGAGGAGAUAGGUGCGGAGGCAGUGGUGGGGGUCGUUAUGGACAAUGCUGCCGUUUGUGUAGCUGCGGGGCGAAUGGUGGAAGCGGAUCACCCGCACAUCUUCUCGGUCCCAUGCACAACUCACUCGCUCGACCUCAUUUUCGAGUCUUUCGCGAAGAUCAUGUGGGUGGGCGAAGUUAUUAAAAGGGCGUUGGAGGUAGCAAAGUUCUUCACGAACCUUUCGCGGGUGCGGGAUCUCCUCCUCCACUACUCCAAUGGCAGCGUCGUGGCAAAAACGGGUGCGACCCGGUUUGCCACGAACUUCAUCAUGUUGUCGAGCCUACAGGGGUUGUACUUGCCAUUGCGAGCGUGUUUGACGGACGAUGAUUGGAAGCCAGCGAUUGUGCACACUUCGCAACACGAACUGUUCGUGAGGGUGACACAUGCCAUCUUCGACGACACCUUCUGGGCAGAUAUCGAGAAGGUGAUGCAAACGUCCAAAAACCUCCUCAAGCUUCUGAAGAAGGUCGACGGCGCGGGUCCCACCAUCAGUAAGGUGUACGCCCGUAUGGACAGCGCUGUGGAGAAACUGAGGGAGAGCAGGCACUUCACGGAAGCAGAAAAGGAUGAGCUAGAGGGUAUAAUAAUGCGGCGCUGGAAUACAAUGACUUCACCACUGCAUUGUGCUGCGCUGUUUUUGGAUCCGGAGUACAGAGGGUUGGGGGCGGAAUCCGAUGCAGAGAUUGUGGACGGGUUUUGGACAUGGCUUUACUCGUGGUGCAAGGAGGCUGCGUACAGGGAGGUCGACGCGGAGGUCUGUUCUUGGAUCGAGGGCACUGGGAGGCACACUACCAAAAAUGCAAGGACACAAGCCCGUACGAUGCAGCUGGUGAGGUGGUGGCGGAAGUGGUGCAGCGACAUGCCCAUCCUCCAAAAGCAAGCCGUUCGGCUCCUUGGACAAGGCUCCUCCUCCUCUAGUUGYGAGAGGAAUUGGAGCUUGUUCGAACGGAUUCACAGCCGUCUCCGCAACAAUCUUGGCGCCGCCAAGCUAAGCACGCUGGUUUUCAACAGAUGGAACCAGCACUUGUUGGACUUCUUGACCAAGAAACCGAAGGCUGGCGAUGCGGCGAAGUGGGAAGAGAAUGAGCCGGUGGAAGAUCUCACACGAGAUGAGAUGGCGUCGGAUGCAUGCCUGCGGUUGGGGGAGUGGCGUGCCCGCUUGCGCGGAACACAUUCGGUCCACGACGAAGGUGAGAAUGACGACUCCGGCUCCGACGAGGAGGACAUUCCUGUCCAAGCGCAACAAACGGCUGUUGCGGAGGAGGUCACAGUUCAGCAUCGUCGGCUGCGCAGCGAGUUGUUCAAGCUCGAGAGGGAGCUUGACGAGUCAUGGAGGAAGGCAACGAAAGCUUCCAAGUUUUUGGCCCGACAACAUUUGCAUGACUUGGAUCAGGCUACCAGGACCAUGACCCUCGAGCAUGCCAACAAGUACAAAGCUGCGCGGGCUGCUGCGUGUGCACCACCCUCCGUACCCGCGAAACGAGGGAGAGGGAGACCUCGAAAGGACGCUGCGACUCAUGGGGGGACAAGUGACGAGGAAGUUGAGGAUGCGGAAGGUGGAGAUUUGGAAGGGGUUGGUGCACCCACACGUGCGACAAGAAAGUGGGGACGACCACGAAAGGCGCCCGUGGAAGAGGAGGAGGCUGGAAAUGGAAGGGGGACACGGACGCGGGGACGUUUGCAGGUGCAGCCCGCCGAAGAGGAGGAGGAAGCAGUGCUUGAAAAGACGAGCAGCGCUGACAAAUGCAAUGAAUUGCAGGGAGAUGCGGGCUAGCUCCGCGCCCUGCUGUUUCAGGGGAGGGGGUUGGCUGCCUUCCUGGGCGGCUAUCAGGAUUUCACCCUCGAGGAGAUGUGGGACGAAAAGACGAUGUGGAGCAUGCUGCCGCUGUUUGUCUGCGAGGAGUUGAGUGAGGAGGUGUACACCCUCAUGCUGAAGUCGCAAACUUGGGAUGAGCUGGGAACUUCUCUGAAAUUGAGGUUCCCAGAGGAUGGGAUGGAAGGUCAACUUGGUAAGGGCCCUGAGCAGCCAGUCGAGGCUGCGUCAACACAAGGGGAGUUAAGUGGUAUACAGAGGCAAGUUGGGAUGUUGGAAGAGAGGUUGACGCAACUAGAAGAAGCCAGGCAUGGCAAGAGGAGAGUUUCCGAGGGAGUAUCGAGUGGGCCGACUGCGAGAGGCAGAGCAGAGGGAGGGAGGGAUCAUCAGGAGCUACUCCCCCACAAGAAGACCCCACGAAAACGAGUUUGCGCCCCACGGAAAGAGAUGAAGAUGAGGGGGUCAUUGAGAUCAAGGAGGAGCAAGGAUCUAGUACCCUAUGACGAUUUGCCGUGUGGCGCGGCAGUGAAAAACGCUUUAGGGAGUCGCCACCUCCUCUGCAGUCCCCUGGUUACCCCCUCUUCAAUGCCGGAGGAAAAUUCCGAGACUAGUCACCUGGAUCUAACCCCUGACGCUUGGUUGGACAACACCUUGUCCAAGUAUGAUUGGCUUCAGAAUCCCCCGGCCCCGUCUAAACCAACCAAGGCGCCGAUCUCAACAUUGAACACGUACAUCUUAGAGGAGAUAGGGAAGUCGGUAAGAGCGGGUAAGUUCCCCCACAUCACGAAGGUGAUGAAGUAUAAUGAGUGCGCAGAGUUGGCCUGGACGUUCGAGAAUGAUAGGGAAGCCUUAACGGGGUUGAUCGAGAGAUUUGCGGCGAAUGUAGAGAAGGUGGCAGCUAAAGAUAUGGAGGAGGAUCAGACAAUCGAGAUAAAGACGUCGGAAGCUGAGAAGGUGUGGUUGAAGUCAUGGGGCCUACCUUCAGCCCACCUGGAUUGGUUCUUGGCGCGUUAUAAUGCGGUGGAGACCGAUGGAGGGGCUUCUAUGCUGGAUGUGUUCAAUCUGAACGAGGACGAGAGAACGGAGUUCUUGGCUGGAGCAAAGAAGGAAGAUCUGGAGGAAUGUUACAACAAUGCGCUAACAGGCCUGCUCGUGUAUGGAGGGAAGAAGAAGUCGCCCCAUAAGGGUGGCCAUCUGUCCUUUCCUGCUCUACGGGAGCUAGAUCCGGAGAAGUGCGAAUAUCAGAAGCCGAUGGUCAUGGAGAAAACUGGUCCGCUCAGCUGUGCAAGGGAUCUUAAUGCUUUGAAGAAAUUUUGGAACAUCGGCAGGCCAUAUUUGAAGUGCAAAUGCGGUUACCAGAACUCUCGAAAGUGCGACGCUGGACUGCUAUGGUUCGACCAGGUCCUCUGGUACCUGUUUGCCUACCCGGAGGUCAUUUAUCCCUCAGCGAAGUCGGGAAAUGCGAGGUUUGUCACGGUCUUACGACAUUGUCGGGGCACAUGGCGGCCCUUAAUGCUUGCUAACAUCACCUUCAUCUACAUCCGCCACUUCAUGAUGCUCGCUUCCCAAGCUCUCAUGCGCAAUCCAGCUUGCGCUCCGGAUCAGCUGCUGAACAGGUAUCUGAUGGCUAGCCCCUUUCCGCGGAUCCUGACCAAGCACGCGUUGCCGCAAAAGCUUUCCAGAAAGGCUCCCCAACAGCUGGGUGGAGACCAACAACCAAACAAGAGGAUGUCGCUAGAUGGCCGAGGUCAACAUUCGCUCCGAUUCGCGGUUGUGCAGAGGGAGGUGGUUCUGGGAUCACAGGAUUCGGCAGCCUCCGAGAAAACCACCCAUCCGGAACCGCGCAACUCCUCUCGCGUCAUCAAUGGGGCCUGCUCAUCUGCACUCCCGGAGGCCUCCGCACGUCUCUGUUUUGAUCUACUGCAAUUGAAGGAGAAGUUGUACAUAAAGGGCUCAAUUUUCUGUUAUCUCUCGAUAAAAGGUGGACAAGCAUCUACUCAAAUGAAUGUGGUGGUCGACAGGCAGGUAGAUAGGCCGGUUGAAGGAAUAUCAUGGUCCAAUGUGCCGAUGCAAAUUGAGGCACAUAGUGAUGCGGAUGGUGUAUUCGGAAAUUGGCUCGCCGAUGCUCGCACAAAAACGAAAUACCUUGAGGAAUGUAGUGAACGAUACGAGUAUGGCAUGGAUUCGUGGAUUCAUGACAUGGAGCAGCGUCUGCUUCGGCGUGAGUCUAAAGUGCCUUAUGGUAUUGCGGGUAAGGUUCCAAACGAUUUCACAUUGAAAAGAGAAUGCGACCGCUAUAUGAGAGACAAUGAAGGUCUUCGGUGGACUCAGGACAAGUUGCUUGGGAUGUUGAAGAAGGAGGCGGAAGUGACUGCCCUGAGGAGUGCAUUCGCAAAAAUUGAGGUGAAUGCACGAUCAGUGCUUGAAAGUUGCCUGGAAAGGAAACGAAGUGAAGAGGUGAGAGAUUGCUCUUUGUCCGGUAGUGUGGAUGCUGCGAAGGAGGAUGAUGUUGGCGAGGACCUACGCAGCACCGUGUUCGCGUUCGGAGGCAAACGCGAACAAGCGCCGAAACCCCUCCGAACGCAAACAUAAAAAAUAUAUAUAAAAAAAAAACAAAAACAAAUCUCAGAAAAAUCU